AUGCCUAAUACUAACGACCCGAUAGAUAAUGAAUUUAAAUCAUUUAAUACGACAUUGCUAGAAAUUGAGAAUCAAAUAGAGAAGAUUGAAACUAUAACAAAGGAACUAGAUAAUUGGUCAAAAGAAUUGUCAUCAAAGGUUAAAAAGCUUUGA